AUGUCGAUCGACAAGACUUGGAUUAAUAAUUCAAAUAAAUUUUCUGAUGAGUAUGUUGCUGGAGCGUUUGCAUUUGUUGAGAGAGCUCAGCAAUUUGUGGAUACAAGGGGACUAGUGAAGUGUCCUUGUAACAAGUGUAUUAAUAUCGAAUUGCAAACGAUUGGUGUGCUAGAAAGUCAUCUUUUUGAGAAUGGUUUUCUACGAAGUUAUACAAAUUGGUACUGGCAUGGAGAGGAGGAAAUAAUACCGACCAAUAGAGUAGUCCACCAAUGUCACGAGGACGAGAUGAUGGAUGUUCUUAAUGAUAUAGCACAACCUAACAAUUGUGAAGAUGAUGAGAAUGAGGUUGAUGAUGAGAUACCACCAGCAUCAGAAUGCAGAGGUACUAGCCAAUACUAUAAUGACUUAUUUGCCGAGAUGGAGUCUCCGUUAUUCCCAGGGUGUGAAAAAUACACAUCUUUGAAUUUCGUAGCUAAGUUGAUGCAUUUCAAAGUGUUGGGGAAAAUUCCUAACAAAAUUUUUGAUGGAAUCUUGGAGUUGUUAGAAGAUGCAUUCCCAUCUCCAAAUAAGAUACCAAAGUCACAUUAUGCGGCGAAGAGGUUGAUGAGGAAAUUGGGUUUGGGUUACGAGUCAAUCCAUGUUUGUAAGCAUGAUUGUGCAUUGUUUUGGAAGGAAAAUGCUGGAAAACACAAGUGUCCAAUUUGUGGGGAGGAUCGUUGGGUGGAUAAAAAUACCAAGGGGAAGAAAGUGCCCCAAAAAGUUAUGCGUUAUUUUCCAUUGACCCCUCAGUUGAUGCGAAAAUAUGCGUCAAGGCACAUUUCUCAACAUAUGAGAUGGCAUCAUGAAGGGCGUGUUAAAGAAGAUGGUAUCAUGCGUCAUCCUGCAGAUGGGAAAGCAUGGAAGGAUUUUGACCGUAGCAAUCUAGCGUUUGCAAUGGAACCUAGGAAUGUGCGCCUUGGAUUGGCUGCUGAUGGAUUCAAUCCUUUUGGAAAUAUGAGUUUGUCUUAUAGCAUGUGGCCGGUUGUGUUAAUGACUUACAACUUGCCACCGUGGUUAUGCAUGAAAGAGACUAACUUUAUGUUGACUUUAUUAAUUCCUGGUCCACAUUCACCUGGAAAAGAUUUUGAUGUUUUCUUAAGGCCAUUGGUUGAUGAGUUGAAGGAAUUAUGGGUGAGCGGUGUUCAGACUCGGGAUAUUGUUGAUGGUAGUUUUUUUAAGCUUCGAGCAGCUUUAUUGUGGACUAUAAAUGAUUUUCCAGCGAGGAGUAGUUUUUCUGGAUGGAGUGGUCAAGGUUACACUGCUUGUCCUACUUGCAAUGUAUCAACACCAUCAGUUCGUUUGCAAAAUAAGGUUGCAUUUUACGGUCACAGAAAUUUUUUACCAAUGGGACACCAAAUUAGAAAAAAGAAGAAGUUAUAUGGUUCAGUUGAGAAAAGACCACCUCCAGAGGAAUUUAGCACUGAAGCUAUUUUCACACAAAUGAAUUUUAUGCCUGAAUCUCUUCCUGGUAAGCAUGUUAGCUACGGUGGACAAAAAAGGAAACGCACAAAAGAGCAAGUUGGUUGGCGUAAAAAAAGCAUUUUCUUUGAGCUCCCAUAUUGGGCCAAUAUGAAGUUGCGACAUAACCUAGACGUCAUGCAUGUUGAGAAAAAUGUAUGCGACAGCUUAGUUGGCACAAUAGUCGGGUUGGAAAAUAAGACCAAAGAUACAAUUAGCGCUAGAGUAUAUUUGGAGAAGAUGAAGAUAAGGCCAGAAUUGCAUCUGAGAAUGGUAAAUGGUCGAAUGGAAAAGCCGGCAGCGAAAUACACAUUUAUUCCUGAAAAUCGGCAUAAGUUUUGUCGGUUUUUGAAAUCAGUCAAAUUUCCAGAUGGGUUUGCAUCUAAUUUAAGGAAGAAUGUGAUUGAAAAUGACAAUAAGAUUACUGGGUUGAAAUCCCACGAUUGUCAUGUCAUAUUGCAACGUCUUUUGCCAAUUGGUGUUCAUUCAUUCCUAGAAAAACCUAUUGCCAAGACCAUUAUUGACUUGUGCACUUUCUUCAAGAUUAUUUGUGCUAGAACUCUGAUUGUUUCUGAUUUGGAGAAAGUGAAAACAUCAAUUGUUGAAAUUCUUUGCGGACUAGAAAUCAUUUUUCCGCCAGCGUUUUUUGAUGUUAUGGUUCACCUAAUGAUACAUUUGCCUCAAGAAGCAAUAGAUGGAGGUCCAGUACACAUGAGGUGGAUGUAUCCCUUUGAGAGAUACAUGAAAAAAUUGAAACAUUAUGUGCGUAAUAAAGCUCGUCCUGAGGGGUCCAUAGCUGAGGGUUAUGUCGUCGAUGAAGCAUUGACAUUCUGUUCUAUGUACUUCAAAGGGGUGGAAACAAGGUUUAAUCGUCCAGAUAGAAAUGUUGAUGCAAUUCCAUCACUAAAGAAGUUGUCUGUGUUUCAAUCUCAAGGUUGUCCGAUCGGUAAGAAGACACUAACAACUUUGGACGAUGAACUUAAAAAAACUGCUGAGUGGUACAUUCUCAACAAUUGCAUUGAGAUUCUCCCAUAUAUUCAAGAGCACAAGCAGAUCCUUUUAUCUAGUGGUGCUGAAAACCUAGAUCAAUUACAGAAAAAGGAGUUCCCCAUGUGGUUUUACAAUAAGCUUUACAAUCUUCGACAAGCAGGAUCUGCAGAAGCUUCUGAAGAGUUAUUCUCCUUAGCAAACGGCUCCUCUAAUCUUGUUUCUUCAUACACUGGGUGUAUUGUCAAUGGAGUUCGAUUUUUGUGUUAUGAUAGAGAUAAAAAUUUGAAAACUCAAAACAGUGGUGUCUUAGUACCCGGAGUAGACAACAAAAAUUUCUACGGGCAAUUAGAAGAGGUUAUAGUGAUGUCAUACCUUGCUGGUUGUUCUGUUGUAUUAUUUAAGUGUAAAUGGUUUGAUACAGAUCCUACCAAGAGUAGGAUGAAGCAUGAAAAUAAUAUAACCAGUAUAUUUACUAAGUUCGAGUGGUACAAAAAUGACAAGUUUAUCUUGGCAACUCAGGCAAAACAAAUUUUCUAUCUUGAUGAUUUGAAAAAUGACCGGGAUUGGAAAAUUGUUGAAGAAGUUCAUCAUAGAAAUGUGUGGGACACCCCAGCAGCUUAUGAACAGUUGGAUCCCAUUGAAAUAGAUGUUAUGCAUGACACAAUAACAUCUGAUUUCCAAUUGUUUGUCGAUCUUGGUCCGUUGCCAGAAAUCAAUUUUUGCCGUAGAGAUCAAUCGCCAUAUGUUGUCAAUGUAGAUACUCCUGUUGAUCAAGAGGAAGGUGAAGAGGAAGAGGAAGAGGAAAUGGUCGAUGAAGAGGAAGAGGAGAUGGUCGAUGAAGAGGAAGAGAAAGAGGAAGAGGAAGAGAUGGACUUAGAAGAAGAUAAUGUAGAAGAAAAUGAGAAUGAUAGUGAUAAUGAAUAUUAUAGUGAUGAUUAA